AUGGAGACCAAAGGCUACCACAGUCUCCCUGAAGGUCUAGAUAUGGAAAGACGGUGGGGUCAAGUUUCUCAGGCUGUGGAACAUUCUUCCCUGGGACCUACAGAGAGGACCGAUGAGAAUAACUACAUGGAGAUUGUCAACGUAAGCUGUGUUUCCGGUGCUAUUCCAAACAACAGUACUCAAGGAAGCAGCAAAGAAAAACACGAACUACUCCCUUGCCUUCAGCAAGACAAUAAUCGGUCGGGGAUUUUAACAUCUGAUAUUAAAACUGAGCUGGAGUCCAAGGAACUUGCAGCAACUGUAGCUGAGUCCAUGGGUUUAUACAUGGAUUCCGUAAGAGAUGCUGACUACACCUAUGAUCAGCAGAACCAACAAGGAAGCAUGAGUCCAGCGAAGAUUUAUCAAAAUGUUGAACAGCUGGUGAAAUUUUAUAAAGAAAAUGGCCAUCAUCCUUCCACCCUAGGUGGUGUGAACAGGCCCUUGAGAUCCUUCCUGUCUGACUCUGGGAGCUCUGUGAAUGGUGGGGUCAUGCGUGCCAUCGUUAAAAGCCCUAUCGUGUGUCAUGAGAAGAGUCCAUCCGUUUGCAGCCCCCUGAGCAUGGCCUCUUCAGCUUGCAGCCCUGCAGGAAUCAGCUCUGUGUCCUCCACGUCUGCCAGCUUUGGCAGCUUCACAGUGCACAGCCCUAUCACCCAGGGGACUCCGUUGACAUGCUCCCCUAAUGUUGAAAACCGAGGCUCCAGGUCGCACAGCCCGGCACAUGCCAGUAAUGUGGGCUCUCCUCUAUCAAGUCCAUUAAGUAGCAUGAAAUCCCCAAUAUCCAGCCCUCCGAGUCAUUGCAGUGUAAAAUCUCCGGUCUCCAGUCCUACUAACGUCACUCUGCGAUCCUCUGUGUCUAGCCCUGCAAACGUCAACAACUCAAGGUGCUCUGUUUCCAGCCCUUCCAACACAAACAACAGAUCCACGCUUUCCAGUCCAACUGCUAGUACUGUGGGAUCUAUCUGUAGCCCUGUAAACAAUGCCUUCAGCUACACUGCCUCUGGCACCCCUGCUGGAUCCAGUGCAGCCCGGGAUGUGGUUCCUAGUCCAGACACCCACGAGAAAGGUGCUCACGAGGUCCCCUUUCCUAAGAGUGAGGAAGUAGACAGUGCCAUCUCCAAUGGUGUGACUGGCCAGCUUAACAUUGUACAGUACAUAAAACCGGAGCCAGACGGGGCUUUUAGCAGCUCAUGCCUAGGAGGAAAUAGCAAAAUAAAUUCUGACUCCCCUUUCUCGGUACCAAUAAAACAAGAAUCAACCAAGCAUUCGUGUUCAGGCACCGCUUUUAAAGGGAAUCCAACAGUGAACCCAUUUCCAUUUAUGGAUGGUUCAUAUUUUUCCUUUAUGGAUGAUAAAGACUAUUAUUCUCUAUCAGGAAUUUUAGGACCACCUGUGCCCGGCUUUGAUGGUAACUGUGAAGGCAGUGGAUUCCCAAUGGGGAUUAAACAGGAACCAGAUGAUGGGAGCUAUUACCCAGAGGCCAGCAUCCCUUCAUCCGCUAUUGUUGGUGUGAAUUCAGGUGGACAGUCCUUUCACUACAGGAUUGGUGCUCAAGGUACAAUAUCUUUAUCACGAACAGCUAGAGACCAAUCUUUCCAACAUAUGAGUUCCUUUCCUCCUGUUAAUACUUUAGUGGAGUCAUGGAAGUCACAUGGUGACCUGUCGUCUAGAAGAAGUGAUGGGUAUCCAGUUCUAGAAUACAUUCCAGAAAACGUAUCCAGCUCUACUUUACGAAGUGUUUCUACUGGAUCUUCAAGACCUUCCAAAAUAUGUUUGGUGUGUGGGGAUGAGGCUUCAGGAUGUCAUUAUGGGGUAGUAACCUGUGGCAGCUGCAAAGUAUUCUUCAAAAGAGCAGUGGAAGGGCAACACAACUAUUUAUGUGCUGGAAGAAAUGACUGUAUCAUUGAUAAGAUUCGACGAAAGAAUUGUCCUGCCUGCAGACUUCAGAAAUGUCUUCAAGCUGGAAUGAAUUUAGGAGCUCGAAAGUCAAAGAAGUUGGGCAAGUUAAAAGGUAUUCACGAGGAGCAGUCACAGCAGCAGCCCCCGCCCCCUCCCCCACCCCCCCAGAGCCCCGAGGAGGGGACAACGUACAUAGCUCCUGCAAAAGAGCCCUCGGUCAACUCAGCGCUGGUUCCUCAGCUGUCCACAAUCUCACGAGCGCUCACGCCUACCCCUGUUGCGAUCCUUGAAAACAUCGAGCCUGAGAUCGUGUAUGCAGGCUACGACAACUCAAAACCAGACACAGCCGAAAACCUACUCUCCACUCUAAACCGCUUAGCAGGCAAACAGAUGAUCCAAGUCGUGAAGUGGGCAAAGGUACUUCCAGGAUUCAAAAACUUGCCUCUUGAGGACCAAAUUACCCUAAUCCAGUAUUCUUGGAUGUGUCUAUCAUCAUUUGCCUUGAGCUGGAGAUCGUACAAACAUACAAACAGCCAAUUUCUCUAUUUUGCACCAGACCUAGUCUUUAAUGAAGAGAAGAUGCAUCAGUCCGCCAUGUACGAAUUGUGCCAGGGGAUGCACCAAAUCAGCCUUCAGUUUGUUCGACUGCAGCUUACCUUUGAAGAAUACACCAUAAUGAAAGUGUUGCUGCUUCUAAGCACAAUUCCAAAGGAUGGCCUCAAAAGCCAGGCUGCAUUUGAAGAAAUGAGGACAAAUUACAUCAAAGAACUGAGGAAGAUGGUAACUAAGUGUCCCAACAACUCUGGGCAGAGCUGGCAAAGGUUCUACCAGUUGACCAAGCUUUUGGACUCCAUGCAUGACCUGGUCAAUGACUUGCUGGAAUUCUGCUUCUACACCUUCCGAGAGUCCCAGGCCCUGAAGGUCGAGUUCCCCGCGAUGCUGGUGGAGAUCAUCAGCGACCAGCUGCCCAAGGUGGAGUCCGGGAACGCCAAGCCCCUUUACUUUCACAGGAAGUGA